AUGUCGUCCAUCUUUGAGGCCAAUGAUUCCGCGGCGGAACGAGGCCGCAGCCCGGCCGUGCCUACCUCGAGCCUCUCCAACGAGACGCUGGCGACGAUCGUCUUGCCCUGUCUCGUCUCGAAAAAGGACAAGAGAGAGCUAACCAACUGGGGCGGCUCGUUUGUCGCGAGACCGGCACGCAUCUUUGCGCCAACCAAUGUCGAGCAGGUGUGCGCCAUCGUCGAGCUGGCCCGCAGACGGGGCGUCGAGUGCAGGGCCUACGGUCGGGGCCACAGUCCAUCGGAUCUCAUGAUGACAAAAGGCUGGACCAUGCUCAUGCAGGACUUGUCGGGCGUCAUCAGUAUCGACACCCAAACGCCCCGAAUUGCUGUAUUGGGCGGCACGUACCUGUCGGACGUGCACGAGAUGCUCGACCGCUCGACACCGGCCCUGAGCAUGUCCAAUGUCGGCUCCAUCUCCGAGCAGACGGUAGCAGGGCUCAUAUCGACGGCAUCGCAUGGCACGGGCAUUGAAUUUCCCGUUCUUUCCACGGCUGUGCAUUCCCUGCGCCUCGUUUGUCCCCUCUCGCUCGACGAGGGAGGCACCCAGGUCAUCUCAUGCAGUCGAACGGAGCGGGCAGACCUAUUCAACGCAAGCCUGUGCGGCCUAGGUCUGACGGGCAUCAUCGUUGAGGUUUGCCUUAAUGUCGAAUAUGCAUUCCGGCUCCGGCAACUCGUCGAGGAGUGCCCCUUCGACGACAUCUUCGGUCCGCAGACGGACCAUCCCUCGGUGGACGCGUGGGCUCGUCAGUCGGUCGGGAGACUAGUCGCGAGGGGCCACCAGCGCCUCUCGGCUACGCCCGAACGCCUUCUGCCAAAGAUGCGUGUAGAGGAUCCGUCAAUCGUCUACCCAUGUCCUUCGUCAGUGGAACAAAGCGAGGAAGCAGCUCUGGACGGCGACGACGAAGCGACACGCAGCGCACAGGUCCGGCUGGAGGAAAUUGUGCGAUCGUCGCAGCAUGUCCGCUGCCUCUGGUUCCCACAGGCAAAGAUGUGCACGAUGAUGCGUGCCGACCGGACGCUGGAACCCAUCAGUCGACCGCUCGGUGUGUUUGGGCGCCUGUAUUCAAGGCUCGUUGGCUAUCAUCUGAACCAGAUGCUGCUGUAUGCAUCGCGUUUCCACCCUUCUUUGCCGCCCAGGACCGCACGGUUGAUGCACCGCCUCACCCAUCCCUCCUACCCUGCUCGGCCUGUGUCUGGCCCAGCAGAGGCUCCAAGAUCGGCAGUGGGCGCCACGACGGAAGAGGAAGGCGCUCCAGCGCACCUCAGCUCGCUCGAAGCCUUUUCCAAGGGCUCGCCCUCGUCGUCCUUUUCCUCUCCAACGACAAAGCGCCUUGAACCUCUCUCGCCCCUGAACCCCCAUUCAAUUCUCAUCGACACCUCUCACCGCGUGUUCAAUAUCGACUGCCUCUACCCGCAGUACACCAACGAGUGGGCCAUCCCUUUUUGCCAUGCCGCUUCGGCCAUCCGCACGCUGCGCGACUGGCUCGCCGAGGAGGAGUCCCUCCCCACGGGCGAUCGCAUCCACUUUCCCAUCGAGAUCCGCUUCACAGACGCAGACGACAUCUACCUCUCCCACGCCCAGGGCCGGGCGACAUGCUACAUUGGCCUGAUCCAAUUCCGGCCCUUUUCGAGCAACACGGCCUACCGCUCCCUCUUUCGCAAGUUUGAGAUCAUCAUGCGCCGCUAUGCGGGCAGGCCGCACUGGGCAAAGGCCCACACCUGCGGCCUGGACGAACUCAGGCGGCUAUACCCUAGCAUGGACGACUUUUUGCGCGUGAGAAAGUCCGUCGACCCAGAGGGUGUGCUCCUCAAUCCGUAUACCCGCCGCCAUCUCCUGGGCGAGAUUGGCGAUGAUGUGGGAGGGAGAGUGUUCAAGGCCAGAAUGUAA